ACCACUUGGAGUAGUAGUGACCUUUGUAGUGGGCAGCUAUGCACACAGUUAUGUAAUAACACCCACAUUAUCAGUGUAGUGCAUGCAAGAAGAAACCUACCCCCCUUGGCUGGAUUUCAACCAGUGACACUCUGUAGUAUAGGCAGAGCACAAUAUGUAAUAAUAUUCCAGUGCAGUUUUGAAAGCAGGCCUCAAGUCUACUGCACAUACAUGUGAUUUUACAGCAUGGUUUUCAUGCAGAGCUGAUGAAUAAUAUCCACAUACACUGGUACUCCUAAUGGUUUUUCUCCUUAUAAUCUCCCAGUUUUAUGUGGUUUACUUUUAAAACCGGCUUAUGUAUGUUGUUAUCCAUGUGUGCUUGCAUGGGUCUGCGUUACGGGUGUUUUUGUUGUUAUAUAUAGGUGCAGAGUAUUCUCAAAUACUUGUUCCCUGUGCACCAAGACUGACAGUAAGAGAAUCAUCACAUUUGCCAACAGAGAAGACUACAUCUCUUUCAGACAUCAUGUGUACAAGAAGAGUGGUGCUAAAGAUGUGGAACUGAAGGAAGUUGGUCCAAGAUUUGAAAUGAAGUUGUAUGAGAUAAAGCUGGGGACAGUGGACCAGGCUGAGGUGGACGUAGAAUGGAGACUCAGACCGUUCAUGAACACCGCUAAGAAGAGACACAAGCUCAGUACUGAGUGACAGUUCAAUCACCAUCAAUCUGUUCAUAUCGUCAUAAUUCACGUCGUCAAAACUUUCAGCCAUUCGCUUAUUCAAACGUGUAUGAAAAAGGAUGCAUUUGUCAAGCAAAAACGUUUGUUCGGCACAUGUAUUGUACG